AUGACUGCUUUAACGCUCGUACUUGGAUUGCGUCGUAAAUCUGGAGACCAAAGAAGUCGGGACCGUAGCAUCAUCGUCGAAGAAGGGAGGAGGAGGCGCUAUGGAUCUUCAGAGGUGGUUGUCAUCGAAGAAAGAUCUCGUUCACGAUCUCGAAGAGGCUCACGCUUCCCACGGCGGCCCCCUCCUCCGCGAAGACACCCCUGGUUCCAUCCAGAUAGCGACGAUGAGGUGGUAGUGAUAGAGGAGUACUCACCACCUCGCCGGCGGCGGUCUCGUCGGGACUCCUACAGCCGUCCUACCCCACCGAAGAGCUUGUUCGCCAGAGUAUGGGGAAGCUUAUCUGGAGCAGGUCGCACACCACCCAGGAGAACGCGAGAGGUGGUCGAGGAGCGAUACUGGUACGGAUCGCGUCCUGCGCCUGCAAAGCGAAAGAAGUGGCCUCCAUGGGCAUGGUUUAAGAAGGAGCCGAGUCCAAUUAGGCGACGGACUCGCGAGAUAUAUUCUAGCAGAGAAAAACGACGACCCGGGUUUUGGCUAAGAUUCUCGCGGAUUAUAGGCUUAGGAGCGCUACUGGGCUUUCGGUCGAGGAACAGAAAUAGGAGAGGAUCGAGAAGUAGUAGUCUCUCCUACUACUCAAGCAGUCGGAGAAGCUCAGAAAUAAACGAGGACCAAGCAGCGGCAGCCCCCACAGGAAUUUGGAAGAAGUUCUUGAUAUGGCUCGCAACAAUUCCGGCCUGGUUUAUUGGACUUUGUGACGGGGAUUCGCGACGGACGCACUCAUCAAGAAGAAGCAUGUCGUACGGCAGUGGUAGUACGAUGAGUCGGAGGAGACAAAGAAGUUCAAGUUCAAGCAGUGACAGGAGGAGUCGUCGCAGUCGGAGAUAA